AUGCUCAGUAGAGUUUGCAUUCGUUUUUUGUUUCAGUGCAGUAGAGCUCGCAGCACCAUUAGAGGGAGCAGUCACAUCCACAGUCGGAGUAGGGGAAGAUGAGCAAAUAGAUCGACGACGUUCGGCAGUACAUGAUUUACAAAAGAAAAGUUUAUCGGUAGAGAGCAAAAAGUGGUGUACAUUGAUAUUCGCUCUUUCUAUUUUGGACUUUGGGGAAUCAACACAGUGCAGAAUUUACGUGGAAAUCAACAGAUUUUUGGUGGUGUUUUGGUAUUAUUGUCAGGUGACUUUCGACAAAUAUUGCCCGUGAUUCCACGAUCAACACCGGCAGAUGAGAUCAAUGCAUGCUUGAAUUCUUCCCCUCUGUGGCGAUAUGUGCAAAAAUUGACAUUACACAUAGACAUGCGUGUUCAGUUGCACAAUAAUCAAUCUGAAGAUCGGUUCUUGAAGCAAUUGUUAGAGAUCGGAAAUGGCAAAGUUCGAAUCGAUAAUACAAAUGGCUUGAUUACAUUGCCGAAGAAUUUUUGUACAAUUCUCCAAUUAAAAGAAAAAUUGAUUGAAUGCGUGUUUCAAAAUAUUGCUCAAAAUUACCUGGAUCAUGAUUGGUUGAGAGAACGCGCAAUACUGGCACCAAAAAGUGUGCAUGUCAAUUCAAUCAAUUAUCAAAUUCUAGAAAAAUUGCCAGGUGAAGUGACAACAUAUAAAUCUGUUGAUAGCGCAAUGAAUCAAGAUGACGCAGUGAAUUAUCUAGUUGAAUUUUUGAAUUCAUUGGAACCGCCUGGUAUGCCACCACAUUGUUUGAAUUUAAAGGUCGGCUCAUCAAUUAUUUUACUACGGAAUUUAAAUGCUCAAAAACUGUGUAAUGCCACAAGACUGGCAGCAAAAAAAAUGAUGGCGAAUUUAGUUGAAGCAACAAUACUGACUGGCAAAGGGAAAGGUGAAAUUGUGCUCAUACCGCGUAUUCCACUGAUAACAACAGACAUGACGUUUGAAUUCAAGCGUUUGCAAUUCCCAGUGCGUCUAGCAUUUGCCAUGUCCGUCAACAAGGCGCAAGGACAAACUCUUCAAGUAUGCGGAUUGAAUUUGGAGGAGCCGUGCUUUUCGCACGGGCAGCUAUACGUGGCCUGUUCAAGAGUUGGCAUCCCAAAUUGUUUAUUUAUUCAUACCCAAGAUGGAAAAACAAAAAAUGUUGUAUAUCCAAAUGUGUUGGAUUAAGAUUU